AUGAGCUACGUCGUGGGCCCCACCACCAAUCUUCCGUUCCCCGACCAGCAGCAUGCCGACCUCACCGACCUUGACUCCAAGGCGACAAUGACUCACCUGGAGGAAGCCACUGGUGACCUUGCCUCGGAGCCAGUCGCCGUUGACACCUUGCUGCCUCGGUACUCGCUCAUCAAGUCCCUCUUCGUUUACCGCACCGCCAGUCUGUGGGCUCUUGCGGUCCUCGCUGGGGCUUUGUUUGACGGUUACGCUCUUGUCGCUCCCGGCACCGUCAUGGUCAAUUACGAGUUUAUCGACAAAUUCGGUGGCCCGGUCGUCGGCGGUGUCAAGCAGCUGUAUGCGUACCAAGUCGCAGCGUGGGGCGGUAUCCUCAACGCCGGCCAAAUUCUGGGCAUGCUGCUGGGAAGCUUGACCUCGGAUCGCUUCGGACGCGUCUUCAACAUUCGUCUCAUCGGAUUCUUAAUGGUGGUCUCCAUUAUCCUCAACCUCACCAUGCAAAACUGGCUAUACUAUCUUUUUUCCCGCUUCCUGACUGGUUGGGCCACCGGUCUCGUCCAAUCCGGCCUGACGGUUUACGUAUCGGAAAUCAGCCCGCCCCAUAUCCGAAGCACCAUGCUCUUUGUCUAUUCGAUCUGGUACUCGGUCGGCGCAUUUGUUGGGAUUAUCGCCGGUCAAAUCAUCACCAGCACCGGUGCUCCCUACCAGCACGCAUUCUACAGCGAGUUGGUCUUUCUCGGUUUAUUCGUGCCGGCGCUCAUCUUCGCUCCCGAGACCCCGUGGUUCCACGGUUUCCGCAGAAAUGAGGCGGCGACCAAAAAAUCUCUUGUCCGGUUGUUUGGCAAUGUCGAGGGUUUCGACGUCGACCACGAAUACCUCGUCAUCAUGGCCGAGGUCCAUAAGCAGGACGGCAUGAAAGCUCAAAGCGCGGCUCGCGGUUAUCUCGCCCUGUUCAAGGGAGUGGAUCGCCGUCGGACGUGGAUCUCCUUCUUCCCGUUGAUCGCUUCGCAGUUCAUCGGUCUCCCGCUAAUCGGAUCUGGCCUUCCAUACUAUCUUUCGCUACUCGGCACCGCAAACCCCCUCAUUCCAUCCAUUGCGUCGUGGGUCACCACCAUCGGUACCAUGUUCGUCUCGGCUGCGAUUGUCAACCGUGUCGGCCGCCGCCCUUUGCUAUUGGGCGGUAUACUGGUGUCCCUGAUUGCGUGUCUGGCGAUUGGAGGCAUUGGCACCAAGAUACGUAUGUCUGGUGGCACUCUCCCCGCGGCUGGCAUGGGGGCCAUCGUUGGCAUAUCUGUUGUAUGGUACACCGCUUUCGGAUUGUCCACCGCCCCCCUCUCAUGGGCGUAUUUGGCCGACACGGCCACUCCAGCUCUGCGCGCACGCACUGCUUCCAUCGCUGCGGGUCUGUCUGCCAUGCCCGGUCUCGUGUUCAACUACACCACUCCGAUCUUGCUGUCUGCUCAAGAAGCAAAUUGGGGGCUGGAGUUGGGCUACUUCUAUGCCGGUCUGUCGGCGAUCGCAGUCGUUGUCGUCUUUUUCACGAUACCCGAGACUCAAGGCCGUACUUUUAGGGAGUUGGACGAGCUCUUUGAGCGCAAAACUCACACUCGCAAAUUCAAAGAAACGACGGUCGAUGACGUGUCGAACGCUGUGCCGGCAAGCGCAGCUUAG